CUGCCAUCAACUACUCUGGAGGGUAAUUAAGACCUAUGGUGCCCAGGAUCUUUGGACACAGGUGCUGCUGCUGCUCUGCCAUCAAUGACUCUGGAGAGUAAUGAAGACCCAUGGUGCCCAGGAUCUUCGGUUCUGUCUGCAUUUUACUCUUCCUCCUCAUCUGGUGCUCAGUAGCAGGCACAGGGGCCCACAUGAACUCUGGCCUGUUGCUGUGCCAGCCAGCACCCAAGUGUGGACACUGGAUGUACAACCCCUUGGAACAGUGUUGUGAUGAUGACACCAUCCUGCCCCUAAACCGGACCCGCCUCUGUGGCCCCAACUGUACUUUCUGGCCCUGCCUUGAGCUCUGCUGUCCUGAGUCGUUUGGCCCCCAAAGGAGGUUUGUCGUGCGACUGAAAGUUCAAGGCAUGAAGUCCCGGUGCCAUUCCUCUCCCAUCUCCAGGGUCUGUGCCAGACACACAUCCUAAGAAGGAUUCACCUGAGUGUGAGUAUAACGCCACUGCAGACGCCCUGGCAAAAAUAGCUGCUGCGGCCACCACCUCUGAAGACAACUAUUCCCUUGCCCAAUGGAUACACCAUCAAGCAGGACAUUUAGGAACACAAGCUAUGCACAGGGCUUCUCCUUGGACGGUAGAUGAUAUGAAUGAUCAAAG